CCGUAAACGGGAGCAACAUAUCACAACAGUCACCCAAUGUCGGAAGGUCGGCGAAAUUUUGACACGGCCGUACUCCAACCUUCACUUCCCCGGAGCAAACCAAGGCCCGUUUCACGACCACAUCUCCUCAUUUUCCUUACACAACCCGCAAACUCAAACCACUGUCCGUCAGAGCGCAGUCAUGAGGUGGCCAUCUUGAGAUAGCGACACAUCGUUCAGUGGACUAGCUUGGUCUUCCACGUGUAUUUAUAUGUACAAGAAUCGCUUCACUGGGCUAUUUACCCAGUCCCUUUCCGUCACACUCAGAAAUCAACAGACCGAGUCCUCGCCAAAAUUACAAAAUCACUCUCGCCGCUGCCAUCAUGCACGUCUCCAACCUGUGCCUCGCGGCGACCGCGUUCCUGGCCAUUGAAGUUCAAGCCGCGCCAGCCACACAAGCCACAACCAAUGCCCUCCACCUUGGUACCCAGAACAGCCCCGUCGGCCACCACUGUGGAGUCUCGACCUACCUGAACUACCUCAGCACCUCUCUGGUCAAUGACUGUCUGAAGAUGCUCGACAACCUUUCGCCUGAUUCUGGUGGUGGCGGUGAAGAUGGUUUGAACAGAGGCGAUAUGGACUGGACCAUCGUCGGAGACUUUCACCGGGAGAUUGGCAAAUACUCAACCUGCGCGUUCGGCUGCCAUGUCACCUACCCCCAAGGAGCCCUCGCUAUGAUCGGUAUCGAUGAUGUUCGCCGUGUGGUGCAGAGGUCGAUCGAGAUGUUCAAGCAUGCGGGCGAUGGGGGAGAUAAAGUUGGAGCUCAGGGAGAUUUUGAGUGCGACUUUGCUGGCUCGGCUGGGAAGACGGUCAGUUGGUAUCUUUUCAACCCGAUCAUUAACUCGACGUGUUUUGAUGGUGGGCCAUGGUCUGGAUGAUGGUGAGAGCGGAGUUGGGUGGGCAAGGUUAGUUUUCGGAAAUAGUGUUAGGGUACUGCUGGCGGACUUAUACACUGUUUUAGGGCUGGGAGAAGUGAUAUCCCUGUCUGACAGCUAACACUCUAAAUAAUUGAUCAUCUGUUUGCCCUUGAUGGGCUGAUAUCAUGUCUCUUUCACAUAGGCUACUUUGAGUUCCCUAACCACUUUCUGGUCACUACCUAAUCUGAGAAGUCAUCAUAGCCCAAGUUCGCAAGCUCAUUCAACUCAGCAUUCAUAUCCUUUGUCUCAGGAACCGCACACACCUGCUUCUCCCACUGCUCGACAGCCAGCUUAUCAGCCUUGGCCUCAUCGUCAUCCUCAUCACCACGUCCCCUAUCCUCCUCAGGAUCACCUGGACGCCGAACGCCCUGGGCCCAAGCAAGAAGGUUUUGCGGAUCC